AGGUAGUUUAUCAACAACAGAAAUUUAUUUUCUCACAGUUCUGGAGGCUGGGAAGUCCAUGAUAAGACACACGCGGAUUCAGUGUCGGGUGAGGGCCUGCCUGUGAUGCACAGACAGUGCCUUCUAGCUGUGUUCUCACGUGGUUGAAGGGGCCGAAUCUCGGGGUCGUUUGAUACCUGCACUAAUCCCAUUCAUGAGAGCUCUCCCUUCAAACUCUGUUCACCCCCAAAGGCCCAUCUCCUAAUACCAUCAUCACCUUGAGGGAUUAGGAUUUCAACACGAAUUUGGGGGGUCACAUUCAGAUCAUAAGUUACAUAUAACUUAAAAAGAACAAAAACGUGGAAUUCAUGGAGAUGUUCAUUGCAGUAUGGAUUACACUGAAAAACUGUAAACAACCUAGAUGCCCAGUCAAAGGGAAACAACCAAGAAAAGUCUGUGUCUUGUUCACUCGCUGGCAGGAAACAUAGAGCAGGCACGGAAAGGAAAGGGACCCGAGGAAUGCGCUGUACCAACAGGAGGCAGCACCCCUUUGCCGAGAGGCGCACCGACAGAAACCUAAGGCUACCUGGGCCGGAGCCGGGUGAGGCCGCGGAGAACGCACCCGGCUACGCGGCUGCCGAGACGGAGGAGGGCGUUUCGACCACUGCCCGAUUAUGCGCUUACUCAAGUAGGAUUCCGAAAAAAUUCAGUCGCGCGUCCCUCCUGAGGUUCCGAGCUAGACAGGCCCGGCCCGGGCUGGUGCGGCUGCGCACUGCAGCCCAGCGGAGCGGGGCCCGGGAGGCGUCGGGCUGGGACCGCGGCGGCCAGAGCUCCUGUCAGCUCUGCUGGGCACACGCAGGCCGGGGCGGGCGGCGCGGCUGUCCCCGCCCCGCACGCUGCUGGGCCCGGCGGCCUCAGAGGCUGGCGGACCCGCGCGGGGCGGGCGCAGCGGAGCGCGCCGGCGGCCCAGGGCCCAGCGGGAGCGCGGCUGCGGCGCGCGGAGCAGGGGGCUACGGGUGGGCGGGCGCCCGCCUUCGCCUGCGUCGCUGCCUGCGCGCGGGCCGCCGCCCCCGGGCGCGUGAGAGCCGGCAGCUCGGCCGACUGGGCCCGGAGCGGCGCGGAGGCCGGGCGCUGACGGUGUGUGUGGAGGCCAGUAUGAAGCUGAAAAAGCAGGUGACAGUGUGUGGGGCUGCCAUCUUCUGUGUGGCAGUCUUCUCGCUCUACCUCAUGCUGGACCGAGUGCAACACGAUCCCACCCGACACCAGAAUGGUGGGAACUUCCCCCGGAGCCAAAUUUCUGUGCUGCAGAACCGCAUUGAGCAGCUGGAGCAGCUUUUGGAGGAGAACCAUGAGAUUAUCAGCCAUAUCAAGGACUCCGUGCUGGAGCUGACAGCAAACGCAGAGGGCCCGCCCGCCAUGCUGCCCUACUACACGGUCAAUGGCUCCUGGGUGGUGCCACCAGAGCCCCGGCCCAGCUUCUUCUCCAUCUCCCCCCAGGACUGCCAGUUUGCUUUGGGGGGCCGGGGUCAGAAGCCAGAGCUGCAGAUGCUCACUGUGUCGGAGGAGUUGCCGUUUGACAAUGUGGAUGGUGGCGUGUGGAGGCAAGGCUUCGACAUCUCCUACGACCCGCACGACUGGGAUGCCGAAGACCUGCAGGUGUUUGUGGUGCCCCACUCUCACAAUGACCCAGGCUGGAUCAAGACCUUUGACAAGUACUACACAGAGCAGACCCAACACAUCCUCAAUAGCAUGGUGUCUAAGCUGCAGGAGGACCCCCGGCGGCGCUUCCUCUGGGCAGAGGUCUCCUUCUUCGCCAAGUGGUGGGACAACAUCAAUGCCCAAAAGAGAGCGGCAGUCCGAAGGCUGGUGGGAAACGGGCAGCUGGAGAUUGCGACAGGAGGCUGGGUGAUGCCGGAUGAGGCCAAUUCCCACUACUUUGCAUUGAUUGACCAGCUCAUUGAAGGACACCAGUGGCUGGAGAGAAAUCUUGGUGCAACGCCCCGCUCUGGCUGGGCAGUGGAUCCCUUUGGAUACAGCUCCACCAUGCCUUACCUGCUGCGCCGUGCCAACCUCACCAGCAUGCUGAUUCAGAGAGUGCACUAUGCCAUCAAGAAGCACUUUGCUGCCACCCACAGCCUAGAGUUCAUGUGGAGGCAGACAUGGGACUCGGACUCCAGCACAGACAUCUUCUGUCACAUGAUGCCCUUCUACAGCUAUGAUGUCCCCCAUACCUGCGGCCCGGAUCCCAAGAUCUGCUGCCAAUUUGAUUUCAAACGCCUGCCUGGUGGGCGCAUCAACUGCCCUUGGAAGGUGCCACCCCGGGCCAUCACAGAGGCCAAUGUGGCAGAGAGGGCAGCCCUGCUCCUGGACCAAUACCGGAAGAAGUCCCGGCUCUUCCGAAGCAACGUCCUCCUGGUGCCUCUUGGAGAUGACUUCCGAUAUGACAAGCCCCAGGAGUGGGAUGCCCAGUUCUUCAACUACCAGCGGCUCUUUGACUUCUUCAACAGCAGGCCUAACCUCCAUGUGCAGGCCCAGUUUGGGACUCUUUCUGACUAUUUUGAUGCCCUGUACAAGAGGACAGGGGUGGAGCCAGGGGCCCGGCCUCCAGGGUUUCCUGUGCUGAGCGGGGAUUUCUUCUCCUAUGCGGACCGGGAGGAUCAUUACUGGACAGGCUAUUAUACUUCCCGGCCCUUCUACAAGAGCUUAGACCGAGUCCUGGAAGCCCACCUGCGGGGGGCAGAGGUUCUGUACAGCCUGGCUGCAGCUCACGCUCGCCGCUCUGGCCUGGCUGGCCGGUACCCACUGUCUGACUUCACCCUCCUGACGGAAGCUCGGCGCACGCUGGGGCUCUUCCAGCAUCACGAUGCCAUCACUGGCACGGCCAAGGAGGCUGUGGUGGUGGACUAUGGGGUCAGGCUUCUGCGCUCCCUUGUCAACCUGAAGCAGGUCAUCAUUCAUGCAGCCCACUAUCUGGUGCUGGGGGACAAGGAGACCUACCACUUUGACCCUGAGGCGCCCUUCCUCCAAGUGGAUGACACUCGUUUAAGUCACGAUGCCCUCCCAGAGCGCACGGUGAUCCAGCUGGAUUCCUCACCCAGGUUUGUGGUGCUAUUCAACCCGCUGGAACAGGAGCGAUUCAGCAUGGUGUCCCUGCUGGUCAACUCGCCCCGCCUGCGCGUCCUUUCAGAGGAGGGUCAGCCCCUGGCUGUGCAGAUCAGCGCACACUGGAGCUCUGCCACCGAGGCGGUCCCUGAUGUCUACCAGGUGUCUGUGCCUGUCCGCCUGCCAGCCCUGGGCCUGGGCGUGCUGCAGCUGCAGCUGGGCCUGGAUGGGCACCGCACGCUGCCCUCCUCUGUGCGCGUCUACCUGCACGGCCGGCAGCUGUCCGUCAGCAGGCAUGAAGCGUUCCCUCUCCGUGUCAUUGACUCUGGCACCAGUGACUUCGCCCUCAGCAACCGCUACAUGCAGGUCUGGUUCUCAGGCCUUACUGGGCUCCUCAAGAGCAUCCGAAGGGUGGAUGAGGAGCAGGAGCAGCAGGUGGACAUGCAGGUCUUUGUCUAUGGCACCCGUACGUCCAAAGACAAGAGUGGAGCCUACCUCUUCCUGCCCGAUGGCGAGGCCAAGCCCUACGUCCCCAAGGAGCCCCCCGUGCUGCGUGUCACUGAAGGCCCUUUCUUCUCAGAGGUGGUUGCGUACUACGAGCACAUUCACCAGGCAGUUCGGCUUUACAAUCUGCCAGGGGUGGAGGGGCUGUCUCUGGACAUAUCAUCCCUGGUGGACAUCCGGGACUACGUCAACAAGGAGCUGGCCCUGCGCAUCCAUACAGACAUCGACAGCCAGGGUAUCUUCUUCACAGACCUCAAUGGCUUUCAGGUGCAGCCCCGACGGUAUCUGAAGAAGCUCCCCCUCCAGGCCAACUUCUACCCCAUGCCAGUCAUGGCCUAUAUCCAGGAUGCACAGAAGCGCCUCACGCUGCACACUGCCCAGGCCCUGGGUGUCUCUAGCCUCAAAGAUGGCCAGCUGGAGGUGAUCUUGGACCGGCGGCUGAUGCAGGAUGACAACCGGGGCCUAGGCCAAGGGCUCAAGGACAACAAGAGAACCUGCAACCGUUUCCGCCUCCUGCUAGAGCGGCGAACCGUGGGCAGCGAGCCUGACUUUUUCUCCAAACUGGCAGCCAUGUUUAGGGGCUUGAUCUUUCACAGCAGCAGGAGCGGUAACCGAGAGGUCCAAGAUAGCCACUCUACCAGCUACCCAUCCCUUCUCAGCCACCUGACCUCCAUGUACUUGAACACCCCGGUGCUCGCUCUGCCUGUAGCCAGGACACAGCUCCCAGGCCCUGGUCUGCGCUCAUUUCAUCCUCUGGCUUCCUCACUGCCCUGUGACUUCCACCUGCUCAACCUACGUAUGCUCCAGGCUGAGGAGGACACCCUGCCCUCGGCGGAGACUGCACUCAUCUUACACCGCAAGGGUUUUGACUGCGGCCUGGAGGCCAAGAACUUGGGCUUCAACUGCACCACAAGCCAAGGCAAGGUAGCCCUGGGGAGCCUUUUCCAUGGCCUGGACGUGGUAUUCCUUCAGCCAACCUCCUUGACAUUACUGUACCCUCUGGCCUCCCCGUCCAACAGCACUGACGUCUAUUUGGAGCCCAUGGAGAUCGCUACCUUUCGCCUCCGCUUGGGUUAGGGCUUCUUGUGGCCUGAAGAGGAAGUUCAUUCACAGAGACUGCCUCUUAACAUGAAGAUCAUUGGACAAGCCACACGGGUAUCCCAUCCCGAUCUGCUUCCCAGAACUGUGACACAUUGGGCUCUGCCCUCAUUUUCUGUUUAUUGCUGCUGCUGUGUUUUGGGGGCAACCCACAAACCCAGUGAUGGGUAAAUAGGGCAGACGCUAGUGAGAUCAGGGAGAGAAGGCCCUUGGUCAGAGUGGGCAGUGCCAGGCUCUGCUUUGGGUUGUGAGCGGACACCCAGCUGGGCACAGGCUCAGGCACCCAUCCUUUUUCCAAACAGGGAUAUAGAAGAAGUGGAAGCAGACAGAAGAGGUAAGGGAGGCUAAGUGGGUAACAGCCCAGCAUCAGGGUCACUGUGGCAACAGCCGGCUCUAGGGGAAUCCUGUGGUUAUGUAGAGACUCCAUGUCCUGGUGUGAUGAGCAGGAUCAGAGUGACUCUGGGAGGACAGGGAUGGGGACCCAGAGUUAGCAGUGGGGAUGGAGCAGUAGAAGGAAUCACUAUUUCUCCUAGGAGUCCGAAGGCCUCACUGCUUUCUGUGAUGGCUUUGCUGUAAGUGCCGCCUGGCCUGCAUGCAUUGGCUUAAGAGGCUGCAGAGUGUCAGGAAGGACUCGCUAGAGAUUGUCAUGGUCAGAGGUCAUAGGUCACUUCAGGUAGCAAGACCCCUGGCAAACUGGGUACUUGGCCUAUGUACUGAUUUGUGGGAUGGUGGCAGGGGCGUGGGGUCCUCCGCCCUGCCUGACUCCUCUUUGGCUUCUAUGCUCUGUACACUGCUGUCCCCAAGAGCUCUUUCUUAUUAUGGCAGGGAGUGGGGAUUGGUCCUACUUUCUUUCUCUGGAAAGGAAAGCCUCCAAGACCCCAUGUGCCUGGGCAGCUUGAGAAGGCAUUCAGCACCACGCCUAGCAGGCAGACCUUGAAGCCUCACCUUUAGUCUAUCCUGCAGAGGUAUUCAGUUCCUGGCACAGGGGACUAGGGGCACGUGGAGUAUAUGAAGAGACAGUAUGGCUGUGCAGGAGCCUUCAUUUCAGCUUCAAUUAAUAGGGAAACAUUUAUGAUAGCUCUAUAGAUGCUGAAAAGGUAUUUGGUAAGAUUUAAAAUCCAUCCCUUAUUAAAACUCUUAGUAAAUUAAGUCUGGAAAGAAACACGCUAAUCUAGAUAAAGGUCUGUUUGAGAAACCAACAGUUAUGGCAUUCUAAAGAGUCAGACACCACAGGCAUUCCCAUUAAAGUCAGAAACUAACCAAAGGCAUGCUAUUAUUCAGCAGUGUCCCGGCACUACUAACCCCUGCAACAAGCCAGAUGAGGAAAAUAAGGAAGAAUUAUAAUUGUCAUUAUUUGUAGACAAUAAAACUGCCUACCUGUAAAACCUAAGAAUCAACUGAAGACCUGUUAAGAGUAUUCUGUAAGUCAGCCCAAUGAUACGCAUCAUGUUCCUGUCUACAUAAUGGUUUUCCCCAAAUCAGCUGAUAAAUUCAGUGUAAUUCCAAUGAGAUUGAUACUUUGGAAUUGACAGUUCUAAAGUGCAUUUGGGAGAGUGAAUGUGUGAGAACACUAAGACCACUCUGAACGAUGAUAAUGAGUUGGGGGGUGGACUCCUGAGGGGGAAAAGGCACACGUCCUGCCAGAUUCCCAGAGGAUUCUCACGCCACCAUUACCUCACUCAGUGUGACCUGGAGGGGCUCAGACAGACGGGAGAGUCCAGAAACAGACCCAGGGCUACAGGAAUUUAGUAUAUGGUAAGAGGGAUGUUUUAAGUGGGGAAAAAGGUGGAUUAUUUAAUAAACAGUACUUUUAGACAACUAGCUAUCAAAGCUAGAUCUCGGCCGGGUGCGAUGGCUCACACCUGUAAUCCCAGCACUUUGGGAGGCCAAGGCGGGUGGAUCACUUGAGGUCAGGAGUUCGAGACCAGCCUGGCCAAGAUGGCGAAACCCUGUGUCUACUAAAAAUACAAAAACUAGCCAGGCAUGGUGACACGCGCCUGUAAUCCCAGCUACUUAGGAGGCUGAGGCAGGAGAAUCACAUGAACCUGGGAGGCGGAGGUUGCAGUGAGCUUAGAUCAUGCCACUGCACUCCAGCCUGGGUGACACAGCUAAAAAAAAAAAAAAAAAAAAAACCACUAAGUUAGAUCUCUACCUCACAGUGUCCAUACAAAUUAGUUCCAGAGGGAAGAUAUACUACAAAAUUACUCAAAAAUUUUUGUACCUCUGAUGUGGGACGGUCUUUUCUAAACUUUAACAUGAGACUUAAAAGAUAUAAUAAGGGAAAAGAUAAGCAGAUUUUGCAACCAAAAAAUAUCGAAAGUCUCUGUGUGAUGGAAAACAUCAAGGUUAAAACACAAAUGACAGAUAUGGAAGAAAAUAUUUGCAGCACAUAAAAAAAUCAACGAGUACAAUUACUUUAGGAGAAAAGCUUGCUUCAGGGUCCUUAGAGAAAGUCACUGGGGCCUGCCAAGCAGCCAUCUAAAGACAAGAGUGAGAGGGCUGAGUUCUUCCAGGUCGUCAGAGUUGUUGCUGCCCGUAUUAGGCCACACGGUGGAACCCCAUUUAUAUCAUAGCAGAAGAAAUAGGAUUAUCAUUGUGAACUGCUUAGCAUGGUGCCUGGUAUAUACGAGAGCUCCACAAAUGUGAGCUAUAAUCCUAUUAGUAAAGGAUGCUAAGCAGUUCCACUGUGGCAGGUGUCAUUUGCUAGUAGAAUUUGUAAUCAAACAAUAGGAGGGGAAUCUGUGAACGCCUAGAAAAUUAGCAGAAUAAAGGAUACUAUCUUUGGAGGCC